AUACUAAUCUAUCGGAUCUCGCGGUGGCUACGAUUCCAGCGCCAGAAGUUGAUCCACUUUACGGUGCAAACGACAGCCCUAGUGGUCAGCCUACUGGGCGGGUACGCUGUGCUGCACUAUCACAACGUGAAGGACAUACCGAACUUCUAUUCACUACAUUCAUGGCUGGGCGUGACGGCCAUCGGGGGCUUCGCCAGCAGUCUUGUGGCCGCUUUCUUCAUGUUUCUAUACCCGGGCAUCGAUCCGGUCUACCGGCGCCUUGUGUUGCCGUUUCACAUAUUCGGCGGUACGGCUAAUAUGGUGUUGACCGCAGCCGUGGCCAUCACCGGACUCACCGAGAAGGCGCUGUUUAGUCUGAAAUCGAAAGGAGCCGAGUAUAAGAACCUACCGGCGCCGGCCGUCAUAAUCAACAUGUUUGGCCUGUCUAUCGUGGUGUUUACGGUGCUGGUGGUGUGGGUGUUGACCAAACCCGAGUUCAAGCGCCGGUAUAUACCGGCGAUGAACGCACCCCAGUAUAAGCUCCGGAGGGAACAGACAAUUGAGUGAUUUGGUUGUGGUUUUUGUUAGAUUUUUAUGGGUUUUUAAGUUAUUUUUUCAGUGUUUUUAUUUGCAUUUUUUUCAUUGCAUUUAAUUAUUAAUUAUAAAUUCACUGAUUGUUUAAUGUUAUGAGACUUUUCGCAGCUCUUGAAUAGCUUUAUAUUGUAAUUAAUUUUGUAAUUUUUAUGCCAAACAUUGUGUGACAACUAUUUAAACAAUUAUAAAUUGUAUGUAAAUUAUAAUUACAAAUCACUGGUGCCUUAAUAUGCGUGUGUGUGUGCGAACACAUACCUGUGCUUUAAUUAAAACUAUUUUAUAAACUAUUUUUCUAAUUAAAAUUACUUGAAUUUUUUAUUAUAAAAAACAUAUUAAAUGAUUUUAAAUCAAAGCUAUUUGUUAUGAGACAUAUCAUUAAAUUUUUAUAAUGAAAAUUAAAU